AUGGCCAGAAGGUUGCACCCCCGGCCAACACGCCCCCAGUCAAGUCCUCGACCCCAGGCAACUCUUCGCCCCGCGGCAACUCGAGCGUACAUCGCGCCGCGGACCCGCCGCCAAGCGGCUCUGAGACGCGCUUUUCUUGAGGAGGCUGACAUGUCUGAGGAGGCUGACAUGCCGGAGGAGACCUCCCUCGAGGCUUCACCCAAGGCCGAACCUCCAGCGACGGAAGGCUCCGCCGACAGCGAGGCCACCGUAACAGACCCUGCUUACCGGUCUGGGGAGUCUCCAGUGGUCAAAGCGGAAAGCCCAGCCUCCAAUGAGGCUCCAUUGCCCGGAGCCACCGAAUCCAAUGUCGCUCCUACGCCCGAACCUCCUGAUCAGCCCGGUGAAACAGAACCGCCUGCUGCAGCCCCCCAGCCCGCGCCGUUAUCAGUCGAUGCCGAGGGGAUGUCUGACAUCACACCGAGCCAGGAGUAUCUUCUCUGCUGCCUAGCAGUGCUGAACGAGAGAAUCAACGGUGGGCUGGGGAGUGACAUCCCACGGGAUCUCCUCCAUGACUCCACGGUUGUGUUUGAGGUAAGCCCCAAUUCCGAGACGGUAUUAGUUCGGGUUCGUCGUGAGUGGGAGCGACGGAGUGGUCCGGUCCCCGCUGCACCACCUCACUGA